AUGAGUGUUCCGCCCACUGGAACUCCGAGCCCAAAUAUGGAAGUGAAGGUCGUUUCCCAGGAGAUGGCGUUGCUAAGCAAUGCCUUGGCAGCCUACACCUUUCUAGCAGACCAUCCAGAGAGGGCAGCUCUGGUCUUCGUCAGCGGGGUGUGUGUGGGACUCCUCCUCACACUCUUUGCCCUCGUCUUCCAAGUACACUGCCAGACCGACUGUCACUACAGCGGCAGGAGGCGACGUCGCCACGACGUCAGUGGCCCUCGUCAUCACCGUGGCGACUCCCACUGUCCCAUACACCACCCUGCAGUGGCGGAGACCGGCGAGGACAGCCAGUCGGGGGACUUGGAUGACGUCACUGCCGACCUGUCGUCAAGGAGACGGAGGCAGUCGGAGAGAACGCUGGUGCGCACGAGUGUGUUCACGUCGGCAGAAGAGUUGGAGCGAGCGCAGAGGCUGGAGGACAGAGAGAGGAUCCUCCGAGAGAUCUGGAUCAACGGACAGCCUGACCUGAACACCAUCACACACGGCCUCAACCACUACUACUGAGGGACAGCCUAGGACUGUGUGGGUUGGGGUGUGUGUAUGUGUGUUUUUUUAUCAUAUUUGUGACUGUGUGUGUGUGGUUUAUGUGUGCCUCUUUUUCCCAUGGUUAAGAGGACACAG